GUCUAACGGCGCCUGCGCGGACGGGAGCCCUACUGGAACAUGGCGACUUGCGCUGAAAUCCUGCGGAGCGAGUUCCCUGAAAUUGACGGACAGGUCUUCGACUACGUGACGGGCGUCUUGCACAGCGGCAGCGCGGACUUCGAGUCUGUGGAUGACCUGGUGGAAGCAGUGGGGGAACUGUUGCAGGAGGUGUCCGGGGACAGCAAGGAUGACGCGGGCAUCAGGGCUGUGUGCCAGCGCAUGUACAACACUCUGCGCCUGGCUGAGCCACAGACCCAGGGAAACAGCCAGGUGCUACUAGACGCCCCCAUCCAGUUGUCAAAGAUAACAGAAAACUACGACUGUGGCACCAAACUUCCAGGACUGCUAAAGAGGGAACAGUCCUCGACAGUGAAUGCAAAGAAGCUAGAGAAGGCUGAGGCUCGACUGAAGGCAAAGCAGGAGAAGCGCUCAGAGAAGGACACACUCAAGACCAGCAGCCCUCUAGUCUUGGAGGAGGCAUCAGCCAGCCAGGCAGGCAGCAGAAAGGAGAGUCGGUUGGAAUCAUCCGGCAAGAACAAAUCCUAUGAUGUUCGAAUUGAGAACUUUGAUGUGUCUUUUGGCGAUAGGGUACUGUUGGCUGGAGCAGAUGUGAACCUGGCAUGGGGCCGCCGCUAUGGACUGGUGGGCCGAAAUGGGCUGGGGAAGACAACACUCCUGAAGAUGUUGGCCACUCGGAGCCUGCGGGUUCCAGCCCACAUUUCCCUGCUGCACGUGGAGCAGGAGGUUGCUGGAGAUGACACCCCUGCCCUUCAGAGUGUGCUAGAGAGUGAUACCGUGAGAGAGGACCUUCUGCGGAGGGAGCGGGAGCUCAGCGCCCAGAUUGCCACUGGCAGGGCUGAGGGCUCAGAAGCUGCACAGUUGGCAGAAAUAUAUGCCAAACUGGAGGAGAUUGAGGCCGACAAGGCACCUGCCAGGGCAUCAGUCAUUCUUGCUGGGCUUGGCUUUACCCCUAAAAUGCAGCAGCAGCCCACCCGGGAGUUCUCAGGUGGUUGGAGGAUGAGACUGGCCCUGGCCCGGGCCCUGUUUGCUAGGCCAGAUCUUCUGCUGUUGGAUGAACCCACAAACAUGCUGGAUGUAAGGGCCAUCCUGUGGCUGGAGAAUUACCUGCAAACAUGGCCCUCUACAAUCCUGGUUGUCUCCCAUGACCGCAACUUCCUGAAUGCCAUAGCCACAGACAUCAUCCACCUGCAUAGCCAGCGGCUAGAUGGCUACCGGGGAGACUUUGAGACCUUCAUCAAGAGCAAGCAAGAGCGGCUGCUCAACCAGCAGCGUGAAUAUGAGGCACAACAGCAGUAUCGCCAGCAUAUCCAGGUUUUCAUUGACCGAUUUCGCUACAACGCCAACAGAGCUUCUCAAGUGCAGAGUAAACUCAAGAUGCUGGAGAAGCUACCGGAGCUGAAACCUGUGGACAAGGAGUUGGAGGUGGUGAUGAAGUUCCCUGAUGGGUUUGAGAAGUUCUCACCACCAGUUCUACAACUAGAUGAGGUGGAUUUCUACUAUGAUCCUAAGCAUGUCGUCUUCAGCCGUCUAUCCGUCUCUGCUGAUCUCGAGUCCCGCAUUUGUGUGGUUGGGGAGAAUGGUGCUGGUAAGUCUACCAUGCUGAAGCUGCUUAUGGGGGACCUGGCCCCUGUCCGGGGCAUCAGACAUGCUCACAGGAAUCUGAAGAUUGGCUAUUUCAGCCAGCACCACGUGGAGCAGCUGGACCUGAAUGUCAGUGCCGUGGAACUGCUGGCACGCAAGUUUCCUGGGCGGCCUGAGGAGGAGUAUCGUCACCAGCUGGGCCGGUAUGGCAUCUCUGGAGAACUGGCCGUGCGCCCUGUUGCCAGCUUGUCUGGGGGCCAGAAGAGUCGGGUAGCCUUUGCUCAGAUGACCAUGCCCUGCCCCAACUUCUACAUUCUGGAUGAACCCACAAACCACCUGGAUAUGGAGACGAUUGAGGCUCUGGGCCGUGCUCUCAACAAUUUCAGGGGCGGUGUGAUAUUGGUAUCCCACGAUGAGCGCUUCAUCCGGUUGGUGUGCCGGGAGUUGUGGGUGUGCGAAGGCGGUGGCGUCACCCGGGUCGAGGGGGGGUUUGACCAGUACCGCGCCCUUCUCCAGGAACAGUUCCGCCGUGAGGGCUUCCUUUAGGGUCACCAGGCCGAGGACUGUGCCCAGGACAUGGACUGGUCUCUCAGACCCCUGGGCCGCGAUAUAGGCAACCAUCUCCAGGCCACGGACUUCCCCCAACUUUGGGGACAGCCUUAUUUCCAAAUCUCCUUUUAACUGGAGCAUCCUCUGCAUAACCCAGGGAGCCCCGUCUAAGUGUCUGUGAGGACUGGUCUUCAAGGGAAGGGGUGGGGGUGCCCUCUGGUUAUAGAUCCCCCCAACUGCCCCAGCUCUGACUGGGCCCCAAGUGGCUGCUGUGUAAAUUAAAUGUCCCCCUGCAUCUCCCUGGCCUCAUCUCUGCUGCUCAUUGGCAGGGCUGCAGCACUUGCCCAGUGUUAAGGGGCGUGGGCUCUGAGGUUUGGGCUUUUCCUGUAACACUUAUAUCAGUCACAUGGCCAGGUCCAUGGCAGCACCAGUCUUGCUCUGGAAGGAGGUGUCAUUAAAGCCACUGGGGCUCAGAGAUCACCUGCCUUACUUUGGGUGGCCUGAGCUGGUGGAAUGAAGGGCAAUGUAUUACAUCACUGGGGUAUACUAUUCCCUAUAGCCUGGGCUCAGCUGCAGCAGAAGGGGGCUUGGUUUGUGCUGCCUCAGUCCCACUGCUUGGAGGAGUGAACUGAUUGUGUAACCUGGCCUCCAGCAUGGUUUGUCAACUGCUUACUCCUGUGGUCUCUGACUUAGGCUCACCUUGCUUCUCUGAUCCUCGGCUGGAGCUGAAGAGAAACCGAGAAACUAUCUUUGUCCCAUUUUGCUUGGGUGGCUUCAUGUUCUUUAUUUUCCUUCGAACCAUGUAGGGGGGGCCUGGGAAGUAGGGAAUUGAGAAUGGGGUCGAAUGGGAAGAAACAGCACUUUGUUUUUAAAUCAAGGAAUCUCAGGAGAGCAGUUGUUUAACAGAGUACUAGCUCUUAUAAAUAUUGUUUCUUGAGGACUCCACUUCUAUAUGUAAUUGUUAGAAGACACUAAAAUAGGAACCUUGCCUUCCUCAAAGACAACAGAGAAACCAGAAUCAACAGAAGGAACUUGCUGGCUUCAUGGGAAAUUGUAGUCACAGGGGUCAACCUAAGAUUUGUAGCCCCCUGAGGCUGUUGUGGUAUGUAGGUAGCUGGGGGAAAGAGCCUCUUUUGGAGGAAAGGAGAAUGAAAUGAAGAAGGCUCUGUUCACUACACAGCAGGUGCUGAUAGACUGAGGAAGCUGGCCAAAGGGCCACUAGUCAGCCAACCUCCUCAGCCUCCCUCCCUCUUAGAAGUCCAGAGGUGUUCCAGCCACUUCUGUGUACCAUUGAAGUCACGAGGGUCUUCUCAUGGUCCCCACCACACUCCUCACCCUCAGGCCUGCAGGUGUGCCAGUUUGGGGGCCAUGUGGUGUAGUUUCUGUGCCUGCCUUUUUGGCCAGGCUCUCAGCCCCGUCACCCCUCACUAAUUUGUGAAUCCCUGUAGGAGUCCUCAAUUUCUCAGUCGGUGAGAAUGCAACCGAAGGGUUCUGUGACACAGAGUCUGCUUCUUUGGGUGUGGCUUUGUGUACAAAGAGCAAAGGCAUUGGAGUAGGGCCUGAAAUCAAGUCCCAGCUCCAUCCCCAGUAAUAGAAGGGGCCACUAGUAUUAGCUGGGUAAUCACAGCACAUCACAACCUUUUCGAACACCUUCCUACGUGGUUUCUUUAUAGGGUUGUCGUGAGGUUUAGAUGGCAAGCACGUAACAUAUAAGCCCUCAGAAAGCAAUUCUUGGGUGAGCGGUCUGUGAUUUGAAGACUAUUAUUAUUAUUUGGGGAAAGAGGAAAUUUUUCUCUUGAGUGGGUCCAUAGGUGGACCAAUUUGGGCUCAAAGGAAAGAAAACUUUUAAAUAGGCUGCUUUCUGGGAGUGAGUUCCCAGAGACUGUUCAGCCCUGCCAGGCUAUGGAGAAGGGCUCUGAGGGAGAAGCCAGCACUAGAUGGCCUCCAGACUGGCUUCCAGUUUAUGAUUCCAUGAAAGAAAUGUGAAUGAAGAGCUUUUAUAUAUGACAAUAUAAGUCUAUGCCGCAGGACUUGAGAAAGACGGCAUGAAUGAAUUGCAGGAGGUGAGAAAGAUCCCAGGAUAAGUGUGUAUGGUGAAUUUCUGGAAGUUAGGGGAGGUGAGUUGGCAGGAGAUGGUGGUCUUCAGGGAUGGAAAAUGGCAGCAAAAUCAGCCAUCUCCACUCCACAGGGCAAAGGGGAAAGUGACCCAAAAGACUGCCCUUGAUCACUCCAGACGGCCCAAUACAGCAGUCUACCCUUCCAUGCUGUGGAGACCCUAUCUAACACCAGCCAUUGGAAAGCUGGUCCUUCCCACAGCUACUGAUGCUGGAGCUGCCCUGCCGACAUCAGGCCUUUAAAGCAGUCCAGAGCCAGCCGGGUUGAAAGACCUCAGUCUGCAAGGCCUUCUUUGAAAUGCUGGCCUCCCCGCUUCUGCUGGCCUUACAUACUCACCAGUGCCUUCCCAGACAACCUGGUUGGUCGCCGGUGGACAAGGGUGCAGUGGGGGUCUGCACCUCAAAGAUGCCAGUCACAGAAUCAUUUAUUCCAAUGUGAUAUUGCUGUCUUGAGAUUUGCUAGACCUAGACAUUUUACUAAGCUUUCCAGGUAAAUUUUAGCACAGAAUAGGAGAGAAGGUACCAUUUACCCUGCCUGGCCAUGCCCCAGCCUGAUGUGUCAUUUGGAUACAGAACGUCUUACUAGGAACCGCUCCCCAGGCCUGGGUCUGGUCCACCCACAGAUGCAAACCAAACAACACCCCCGCCAGCAUCAGAGCACUGUCACUCUGCAUCAGCGGGAGCCCGCAGACUGGAUGACUGAAGGGCUGGGAGGGUUUUUCAAACCUGGGGUGAUGGACUCUGCUUCAGCCCCACCCUCUUCCAAGUGGGCUUCAUUGGCACUGUGUGCUUCCCCCAUUAUAAGCUGUAUGCCGAUAAGAUCGUAGUUCUGGUUUGCCUUGAUAUCCUUGAAGGCCAGGCCAUGGCUUGCUCGUCUUUGCACCUCCUGUGCCUGUCACAGGUUGGCUUCCCUGGAAAGCAGCUUGAGAUCAGUUGAGCAGAGGGAGAAGCCGAGCAGUGAUGCAGGCCCAGGAAAGGCUCAGCCAAGCCCACGUUCUGGAGCUGGGAUAGCCCUGCAGAGUUGGCCUAAGCUGAGGCAAUGGGUUCAGCCUUUAUUCUUCGGAGUGAUUAGUCUUUAGAUGCCAGCUGCUACCAGAACGAGGCGUGACCUUCGGAAAGGUUUUCUUCAGCUGAGGCAAUCCUCCUCAGGGGCUGACAAGUGAGGACUUUCUGCCGUCAAUACGCAGCAGCUGGGGCAAGUUCUUCACUCCUAAAGGGGGAUCUGGGUAGCCCAUCACAGCAUCCACUACAGUGCCUCCCAGUUAAUAGGUGCUCAGUUAAAAUGCUUGUUAAGUGACUAUUUGGGGAAAAUUAAUUUGAGAAAAAGUAGAGAAUGAUGGAGGAGAGAGCAGAGGCAAGAAGACCAACAGGGAGGCCAUGACCCAAAUCCAGCCCUACGGACAUGGAGUCGAGAUGAUGGAGGCAGAGGUGAGACCAGGGAGGAUGGUAUGCAGACUUAGCAAGGGGUUUGGAGCUCUGCCUAAAUGAGGGAGGGCUCCUUUUUCUGGGCCUGAGUCUUGAAAUAAGUGAAAUGAAAUGAGAACUUUGAGACACUAAGAGGUUAAAGAGAUAUUUGUUUUUAAACCUUCCCUUGUUCCCCCUUUCAACACAAUGCUAAGGAAGUAACAGUUAAUAUUUAUUGGGGUCUUAUGUAACAGGCACCGUUGUAAGUGCUACACCUGCACUAAAUCAGUCCUCGAAACCCUAUGAACUGGCACAGUUGUUAUCCCCGUUUUACAGAUAAGGAAACAGUUGACCGUGGGUGUCUGGGCUGGGAUUCAGGCCAGGCUGGCUCUAUAUCUCUAACUGCUACAGUGCUGCCACUUAGCUCUACUGUGUGACAUACUGAAUAGUCAGGUUCUUAAUUCCAAUGCUUAAAACUCACUAGUUGCAUGGAGCGGGGGAGGGGGAAAGUUUGAACAAGCUCCUCUCCAGAGGCUAAGCCGAUGAGUAGGUGUACCUGGCACAGUGGCUGAUGUGCUAGGUGCUCAAUGCAUCGUUAAGAAAUCCCAAAACACAGUUUAGUGGAAAGUCAUGCACUGGGGUUAGUCCAGCUCUUCCACCGGUGGCAUCUUGGAUAAGUCAACCUCUCCUGGGUAAAUUAUCCUUAAGUGGGCUUACUGCACUUUGUCCUGCCUGCUUCUUUGGGUAGUUGGAAGGAUUAAUUGAAACAAGGUCUUGCACACGCUUGGAUGGCUCAGUCAGUUAAGGUUCUGACUCUUGAUUUCAGCUCAGGUCAUGAUCUCACAGUUUGUGAGUUUAAGCCCCUCCUUGGGCCCUGUGCUGACAGUGUAGAGCCUACUUGGAAUUCUGUCUCCCUCUCUCUGCCCCUCCCCCAUUCGUUCUCUCUCUCUCUGUCUCUCUCUCUCAAAAAAAAGAAACAAGGUCUUGUGCAAACUGAAUGUUUUUAUAAACUGUAAAGUGCUAUGGAUCAGCCUGUGGGAGAACUGAUGCGGCAAGCACCCUAGAGCCUCCUCUGGAGACAGUCUCACAAAUGCUCAGGGGCCAUCAUCAAGAUGUCACCCAAGAAGGGCCACCCCACAGCCCUCAUCUGCUGAGCUGCACAUCAGAAAGCCACGGGUGCAGGAACGCCUAGCCCCUGCUGAGUUACAUGGGGUUGGGCAGAAAUCACCAUGUAAUUUAAGCCCAUUAUAAUACGUAUAUGUCAUGCCCUGUCGGUAAUUCUAGGUUUCUGUUUUAUGUUGAAUAAAUGGGUGGUUUGAAA